AUGCACGCCCUGACGUUUGGGAACCGCAAUCUCAAGGCACAAUCAAUGUUUAAGCAUCCCCACAGAGAGAAGGCCACCUACCAGAGAGCGGCCGAAGUAGCUUUAAUUAGAUACUGGGAAGCAGCGGCUCUCACGGCAUAUUUCUCUCCAAUCGCCCAGCAACGGCCAAGUAGAGUCGAGAAAACUGCCCCAUCAGUCCUCGGAUAA